UACUACUUCUCCAGCACCCUGCACGAGUCCUACCAGCAACUGGGCACAGAGGUCGGACCUGUCGACCUCGCGACCAUCUACAACUUCUGCGAGUACAUGCAGUCGAAGCUCGGAGACCCACGGCUGCUGGACCGUCACCUGGUCUUCUACGCAGAGAAAGAGGUCCCCUUCCGCACCAACGCCAUCUUCCUGCUCAGCUGCUACCUCAUGAUGUUCGAGGACUGGAGCCCCGAACGAACUUCCCGCACCUUCGCCGCCAUGGGCAACCGGCUCUUUGUCAUGUACAGAGACUCCUCCUCGCUUCCCGCCUCUUACUUCAUCUCUCUGCUAGACUGCCUGCGAGGGCUUGUGAAGGCAACCAAGCUCAGGUGGUUCCACUACGCAAACUUUGACGUGCACAAGUACAUCUGGCUGGGCAACCCGCAGAAUUUCUUCCUCCACCAGCCCUGCGACAAGUUUCUCCUCCUCAAGGCCCCGGACGAGGCGCACGAGACGCUAGUGGUGCGGGACUACUGCAACCUGUUCAAGCGGUUCGACGUGACGGUUGUGGUGGCGCUCGGGGACAAGCUCAAGUACGAUCCCAACGAGUUCGAGGACGAGGGCAUCCGUCAUGUCCACCUGCCCUUCGAGGACGAGUACAUCCCCUCAGUCAAGGUCGUGGAGGACUUUUGGAAUGUGUGCAAGGAGGAGGGGACAGUUGCUGUCCACUGCUCCAACGGCGGCAGGAGGAGCGCGACACUGAUCUCUCUGUGGAUCAUGGAGGUGCAUGGCUGGACAGCACGCGACUGCAUCUCAUGGCUUCGCAUCGUCCGUCCGGGAAGCAUCGUGGGGCCUCAACAGCACUACCUAGCGCUUGUGGAGCGAAGCCUG